AUGGCGGAGAAUGAGGCGUCAGCACGGCAAAAGGUUGAUUUGUCGAAGUAUGAAGACGAUCGACAGAUGUCAUCGUCUACUUGUUUCCGUAUUGGACGGAGUAGAGCCGACAAUUUUGACCGGAUGAGAGUCACUGACGGAUGCGACGGAGGGUCCCCUGAUGGCCAUGGGAGCGCUAGGGCUUAG